AUGUUAAGAACCUCUUUUCAUUUGAUUGAAUCUGGUUUUUCCCCAUAUUGGGUGCAGGGUAGGAAUUGGGUGUGGAUGGGUAUAUUUGGGAGCUCACUGUUUUUUGUAGGGGGAAUAACCAACCUGCUCAAAGUGUUCAAGAUGCAACAGAACAUUGGGAUGACGAGGCUUGAGAAGCUGCGAGGAGGGCACAGGACCGUCUGCUACAGGGGAGGGAAGGAAUCGGCCGGCUUCCGCUUGUUGCCGAGGAGGAUAGGAGGAAGAACCUGCAGCAGGGCGAGGAGGAAA